AUGCAAUCAAACAAGCUAGGGAAAUCUUAUGGACAUACAUCUCGGAAUCAGUGUAAAGAAGUCUUCCUUUGUACUGCAGGAGGUAAUGUGAAUGUGAAAGAAACAGAAACACAACACAAUGUUCAGAUCCAUGAAAAAUAUUGCAGUGGAGGGAAACCCUAUGUAUGCAAGCAAUGCGGGAAUGGUUUUACUACACAUGGAAUUUUUAAGAAACACGAAAUAAUUCACAGAGGAGAGAGACCCUACAUAUGUAAGGAGUGUGGGAAAGCUUUUACAACACAUACGUAUUGUCAAGUACAUGAAAGUCUUCAAUCUGGAGAAAAACGUUAUGAAUGUAAGCACUGUGAGAAAGCUUUCAGCACAUGUACUUAUUGUGUAAUCCAUGAAAAAAUUCACACUGGGCAGAAAUCGCAUAUAUGUAAGAAAUGUGGGAAAGCUUUUAGCAGGAAAAUUCAUUUUCAAAUACAUAAAAAUGUUCACACUGGAGAGAAACCCUAUGUGUGUAAGCAAUGUGGAAAAGGUUUCACCCAACUUGGACAUUGUAAGGAACAUGAAAGAAUUCACACUGGAGAGAAACCAUAUGUAUGUAAGAAAUGUGGGAAAGCUUUUAAUACACGGGGAGACUGUAAGAAACAUGAAAGAAUUCACACUGGAGAGAAACCCUAUGUAUGUAAGCAAUGUGGGAAAGCUUUUACCAGACCUGGAUGUUGUAAGGAACAUGAAAGAAUUCACACUGGAGAGAAACCAUAUGUAUGUAAACAAUGUGGGAAAGCUUUUAACUCACGUGCAAGUUAUAAGGUUCAUGAAAGAAUUCAUACUGGAGAGAAACCAUAUGUAUGUAAGCAAUGUGGGAAAGCUUUUAACUCACGUGCAAGUUAUAAGGUUCAUGAAAGAAUUCACACUGGAGAGAAACCAUAUGUAUGUAAGCAAUGUGGGAAAGCUUUUAACUCACGUGCAAGUUAUAAGGUUCAUGAAAGAAUUCAUACUGGAGAGAAACCCUAUGUAUGUAAGCAAUGUGGGAAAGCUUUUAACAAACGUGCAAAUUGUAAGGUUCAUGAAAGAAUUCACACUGGAGAGAAACCAUAUGUAUGUAAGCAAUGUGGGAAAGCUUUUAAAACACAUGCAGAUUGUAAGAAACAUGAAAGUUUACAUUCAAUAUAAAACCAGUGUAUAUAAGCAUCAUGAGAAUGGUUUCAGCACACAUACAUAUUGCAUAAUGCAUGAAAAUCUUCACACUGGGCAGAAAACUAACAUAUGUAAGGAAUGUGGGAAAGGUUUCAGCAGAAAUGCUCAUUGUCCAAUACAUUAUAAAAUUUACUUGGUUAAGAAACCCUGUGUAUGUGAAGAAUGUGGGAAAGCUUUCACCACAUAUGGAUUUUUUAAAAUACAUCAAUGAGUUCACACUGGUAAGAAAGCCUAUGUAUAUAACAAUGUGGCAAAGCUUUUACUGCAUAUAGUCAUUGCAAAACACAUGAAAGAAUUCAAACUGAGAAGAACCACUGCUAUGUAAGCAAGUGGAGACACUUUCAUCAGCCAGAUUGUAAGUGAAAUACAUGAAAAAACUCACACAAGAGAUAAAUCCUAUGUGUUAUGGGAAUACUCUCAGCAUACUUGAUCAUUGUUACAUAUCUGAAAGAGCUCACUGGGCAGAGAUUCUAUGUGGACUAACAAUGUGAGAAAUAUAGCAAUCCAUGUUUUUGUUAAAUGCAUAGAAAAAGCAUCACUGUUCAGACAGUUUAGAUCUAAGUGUACUUUAAAAAUCCCAAGGAGACCUGAAGAAAUAAUCAAUACAGAAGUUAGAUGUCAAUAUUUCUUCACAAAUAUUCCAGAAAUGACAAAUCUGAGGUGGAGCUCUACUCAAUUGCAUAUGUUUUAUGAUUUUCAGUUAAUCCCUUGUACCUCUCUAGAUUUUUUAAAGUGUUUUUGUGCUUCAACAUGGCAUCUUGUAAUUAAACAUGCUAAACUGAAAUGGGCUUUUCACUUUCAAGUAUGGAUAGGGCCUAUGUACUUAAUAUUUUUUCUUUAAAACUUAAAUUUUAUAUUUUUUGGUGAAUUGUAAUGUUUAUUUAAAGAGAAAAAAGUGUAGUAAUAAUAUAGAAUUUCAGAAAAAUAAACCAUAAGAAAUCACUAGUUGAUUAGUAUCAUAUUGUCAUCUUAGAAGUAGUUGUUCAAGUUACAAAUUUAAAGCAUACAAAGUGAUAUUCAAAUAAUGACACUGACAACAGUUCACCUCAAUGAUCCACCAAAAAGUUAUUAAUAUGCCAUCUGUCCUACACACUUUUUUUUUCUUAAAAAGGGUAAGAUUAAACAUGGCAAAACAGAGCAGAACAGAAGGAAACACAGAUUUCAAAACAAGUCCACUGGAAAUGAUCACUGUCUAUCUUACUGUCUCUAGUUUUCUUCCAAAUAGUUGUUCCCGUCUUCACACACAUUGAAUAUAUACUGAAUAUUAUAGAACUAAUCAAAUAAUUACAGGAUGAU